UUCUUUUUUUUCAACGAGCGAGACCAAGGAAACAUGGCGACGACCAAGAAGCGCAACGUGAGGCAGGACAGCCCUAAAGAUAAUCAUGCUAAACAACCUAAAACAGAUUUAAGCAGUAAAGUAGACUUAAUUAUUCAGAGCAGAAAGCAUGCUAAUGAUGUUUUUGACAUCCUUGAAUUUCUUCAGUCAGACAAAGAGAAAGACUUGAUCUCUGCCGCAAAUUCAUGUAGCAAACUUUUCUGCACUUUACUGGAGCGAUGCGCCCUAUUUGUGGGGCAGCUACCCAAGGAAGAGGAGAUGUUGAGUGGUACCCACACUGCUGACGAGAAGUACAGCAUGUUUAUGCGCCAUCGGUACAACAGUUGUGUGGAGUUGCUUCUGGAACACAUUAGCCAUGACUCAUAUCAGAUUAAGGAGACCGCACUGUGUACACUGAUGAAGUUCGCAGAGGUAGAAGGAAAGUUCCCUCUUCAGGACUUGGACUGGAGCGAACACUACAGUUUCCCCAGAGACUUGAUAAAGGCCGCGGUGGAACGGCUUCUGUCUCAGACGGAGGACAUGGCUCUGCUCAUUUCCAGGUUUCAGGAGUUCUUGGAGAUGGAAGACGUGCGCUACUAUGUGAUGAGCUCCGUCCGGGAGAACGUGGGCAAGGUCAUGGAAAAAAACAAAGGGGCAGUGAUGCCCGUUUACCAAAACAAUGUCUUCAUCCUGCUGUCCAACAUCAUCCUCCCCAGCCAAGAAUCAGAAUUCACCAACUUUAUGGUCAAACAAGAAGCCAAACACAAAGACUGGAAAGCAGCUAAACUGAAAGAACACAAGCGUGCAUUUGAGCGGAUGUGGCUCGGAUUUUUGAAAUAUAAGUUACCGGGCAGCAUGUACAAGAAGGUUCUGGUAAUCCUGCAUGACUCCAUCCUGCCUCACAUGAGCCAGCCCACACUCAUGAUUGACUUUCUCACUGCGGCCUAUGAUGUCGGAGGGGCAAUCAGCCUUCUGGCCCUCAAUGGCUUGUUUGUACUGAUACAUCAACACAAUCUAGACUAUCCAGAUUUUUAUAAGAAGCUGUACAAUCUGCUGGACCCCUCGGUCUUUCAUGUCAAGUACAGAGCCAGAUUCUUCCACCUAACCAACCUCUUCCUCUCCUCCUCUCACCUGCCUGUGUACUUGGUGGCAGCCUUUGCCAAACGCCUGGCCCGCCUGGCCCUCACAGCGCCCCCUACUGCUCUCCUCAUGUUACUGCCCUUCAUCUGCAACCUCAUCCGCCGCCACCCCGCCUGCAGAGUCCUCAUUCACCGGCCGAGUGCAGUCGAUGUGGCCUGCGAUGACCCAUACCUUAUGAUGGAGGAGGACCCGGCCCAGUGCCACGCCCUGGACAGCAGUCUAUGGGAAAUUCAGACCCUGCAGAAGCACUACCAUCCUGAUGUGGCCAAAGCUGCCAUGGCAAUCAACAAGCCCCUGGGUGAUAAGGAGGAUGACAUCAGUGAGCUGCUGGAACUGUCCACUUACGAGCUAAUAGAGCGAGACCUGAAGCAGAAAACGAACAAGGGGGUGCCACUGGAGUUUGAACCAGCCACUGAGCUGCUGCAGGGAGGUGGAGGGGUUUUGAGCCGGCACUUCUCCCUGGAGUAGAAUUGUUGUUUUGACAUCUUGAUUCACUUCUUCAACCUACAUGUAUUUCUCUCCCCCAUACUCCUUUCUUGUUUACUUUUGGUGACAAACUAUACAAUAAACCGUUAAAAAACGA